AUGCCACCCACAACAGUAACGGACCCGGUUCCAAUAGAGACGGCCCAUGAGGACAUGAUUCACGAUGCCCAGUUGGACUACUACGGCAAACGUCUAGCUACAUGCUCCUCGGAUCGCAUGGUCAAAGUUUUCGAUGUUGUCAAUGGCGAGGCUCAACGAACGGGGCAUACACUGAGAGGACACACCGGACCCGUUUGGCAAGUCGCGUGGGCUCACCCAAAGUUUGGCAGCGUUCUGGCGUCGUGUUCGUAUGACGGAAAGGUGUUCGUGUGGAAGGAACAACCAGGACAGGCUGCUGGCGGUUGGACGAAAAUCGCAGAGCAUACUCUGCACACUGCAUCUGUAAACUCGGUUUCUUGGGCACCUCAUGAGCUUGGAGCGAUCCUGGCCUGUGCCUCGUCUGACGGAACGAUAUCUGUCCUGGCAUUCAAAAACGACGGUAUAUGUGAUGCUGACAGAUUCGAUAGCCAUGCCAUUGGCUGUAACGCCGUUUCCUGGGCCCCAGCCGCUCAGCCUGGUUCUCUCAUCACUCCUCAACCACAAUCAAUGCCCGGUCAACCAAGCGCGCACCUCCACCAGUCCGUCAAACGCUUCGCCAGCGCCGGCUGCGAUAACCUCGUCAAAAUCUGGGGAUAUCGCGAAGAUAGCAAGACCUGGGUUGAGGAGGAAACCCUCGAGGGACACACCGAUUGGGUCCGGGACGUUGCAUGGGCACCAAAUAUCGGUCUUCCCAGGAGCUACAUUGCUUCCGCCUCUCAGGAUAGGACAGUGCUGAUAUGGACGAAGGAUUCGCCAACAGCGCCUUGGGUAAAGACUGCCCUUGACCCUUCGACCUCGACGACCACGCCCACGGCUCCAGCUGGGAAGUUCCCUGACGUUGUUUGGCGCGUGUCGUGGAGUUUGGCAGGAAACCUCUUGGCUGUGAGCUGUGGUGAUGGUAAGGUCACACUUUGGAAGGAGAACUUGAAGGGCGUCUGGGAGUGUGUUAGUGAUAUGAACAGUUAG